GGAAACAGGACAGUGCCGAUUGAGGAGAAGGAGAAGCUCGUGGGAGGCGUGUUUGAUUCCGUUGCAGAGAAGUACGAUCUCAUGAACGAUCUCAUGAGCUUCGGCAUCCACAGGCUGUGGAAGGACCACUUCACGGAGCUCGUCAAUUUUCCCCCUCUUCAGGAGGCUAAAGUGCCCGCGGCGAGGCGCUCUGCAGAGGAGGCCUCUGCGGAAGCCGCCGAUUGCGAGGCGGCGACGCCCUUUGCCGUGCUGGACCUUGCGGGAGGCACUGGAGACAUUGCCUUUCGACUGAUUGACAGGGCGUUGCAGCAGCUCGAGGUGUCGCGAGGGGAAGAGCAGAAGCAGCGACAGCAAGAACACGGGUGUAGCGGCGUGGAAGUGACAGUGUGCGACAUAAACGCGGAAAUGCUGCGUGUAGGGAUGACGCGGGCUUGCGAGCGCGGUCUGCCAGUUCGCCCGCUGGUCGACGCCUUGGCACCUUGCGCAGACGAGGGGGAAAAAGACAGCAACAGCAGCUCCAAGAUUCUGCUUCCGCGCUCCUCUGACUUUGGACGGGUGGGGCCUGUAGGCCUGCGGUGGGUGCGAGGCAGUGGCGAGUGUCUUCCUUUUGCGGCUGGAUCUUUCGACCUUGUGACGAUCGCGUUCGGCUUGAGGAAUUUCACUUCUCCGAGCAAGGGCCUUCGGGAGGCGAUGCGCGUUUUGAAAGCUGGCGGUCGGUUUCUGUGCUUGGAGUUUUCCGCAGUUGAGAACGCUGUUCUCAAGGGGCUGUACGACGUGUAUUCUUUCGCUGCGCUGCCGCUGCUUGGCUCGGCAGUCGCGGGCGACUCCGGGGCGUACAGAUAUCUGGCCGAGUCCAUUCGCCGCUUUCCUCCGCAAGCAGAGCUCGCGAGGAUGAUGCAGCAGGAAGGCUUCAAGCACGUGUCUUUCUCGAACAUGACGGGAGGCGUGGUGGCGAUUCACUCGGGAUUCAAGGGGUAG